GAAACAAAAACAACUCGAGCGACCGAAGAUCGAAGAGUUUAGGUCAGUUAAUUUCGUAACGUUGAUCGUAAAGGAUUGUUGUGUUAAAAGUUCUUAAAAGUUAAUAACUGGAUAUAUUGACAUAACUUAAUUAUUGAAGGAGUAAAAUAAGGAACAGUUUGACUUGAACAGGAAAAAAAACUGUUUCUUUGUUCAUCGUUAUCAUAGUGGAAGCGACGUUGCCGUCCUUACGGUUGUUAUACUUUCUUUGUUCUAACGUUUCUUAAUCUUGAUAUUAUAGCAUUCAUUUUGCAUUAUUCCAAUAAAAAAUUAUUAGAAACGUAUCCAAGGAAUGCUUUUGUGCAUUGAAAUGUGUGUUUUAGAAAGAUAUUCAUUAACUGACGCAAUAACGGUUUGGCAACAGCGCACGGAUUUGGACUGAAUUCGACAAAUAUUACUGAUGUGUUAGCCAGCUUAUAAAACCAUCGCCUUUACCACAUUACGGAUUCCUUUAUGAGGUACUAGGCCUCGUCGCCCGGUCGCUGGGACUGUCGGGUCGGGCAGUGGGGGAAUCGGCGCGAGCGCAAAAGGGGGAUUUGUCGAAUAUAGCUCUUCUCCUGCACAAGCUUUGGUGCCGAUUCACCCUUUGCUCGAUACUGCCAGACCGGGCGAGAUGUCGCGAGCGGGCGCGAGGCACCCGGGUGCUGACGACAGUAUACCCAGCUCGUCAACCGACACAAUGGGUGAUAGACCUGAACAGCUGUACGCCACACUCAACGAAUAUCUUCAAUUGGAGCAUAAGUUUCAACCAAGGUUGUGUUUACCUGAUGAAUCUGAGAGUGGUGAGGUAACUAUAGGUGCGAGAGACGGCGCUGCACAUGUGCUUCGCUGCCUCAAAGUGUGGUUCGACUUGCCCGCUGAUGUACUUAUCAGUGCCAUCAAUUUAUUCGAUAGGUUUCUAACAAAGAUGAAGGUACGUCCUUGUCAUGUUCCUUGCAUCACCGUGUCCUGUAUGAAUGUGGCAUUGGACGAACACGCGGAACUCACAAAGCAAGCCAGGACUGUCUCCAUUGAGGAGUUGGUGUCGGUGUCUCAGUCGGCGUGCACGUGGCGGGACGUGGCGCGCAUGUCACGUGUGUUGGCUGACAAACUGGCGCUGAACAACGCACGCGCUGUCACACCUCUGCAUUGGCUGAGGCUCGUCAGAGCGCUGGCUGCUGCGCCCGCGCCUCAGGAAAGUGAACUAGUUAACUUAUUGGAGAUAGCUAUAUGUGAUGCCGGAUGUGCUAAUGCAAGGAUGAGUGAACUGGCGCUGGUCAUUGUAUAUCAUCAGCUAGAAAAACAACUAACGGAAUGGGCUAGACAUAAAGACGUGUCUGAAGAGUUGUACUAUUUAUAUGAAUUCGCAGCUCAAUUACAAGCAUAUUGCAAUAUGUCGGAAACAUCAUUGCUUCGUACUCGCGAUGUGUUCCGCACUGUACUGUCGCGAUAUGAAGGACGUUGUGCAGCCACACAGCGACAACGACUCGUAUGGAGACUAUCGGAACGUACACUAAAGGUAUUGCGGCCGACGGACCGUCUGACCUCGCUAUUGCCGACCAUAGAGGAGCAACACCUUGCCACAGACACCACGCCCAGUAGGAACAGAACGGGUAGCGAAAGUAGCGAAAGUGAGGAGACCUCCGAUUGGCCGAGGAGUCCGGUACUACCUGUUUACUGCAGCAACUGACGUUGACUACACCCCCUGAACAAACACCGACCCCCAAAACCUCUCGUGUCCAACAGUAAUGAAGACCCCUCAAGACUUCAAGAUCCAACAAGAUGUAUAGUUGAAAAAAAAAUCAAAAGUUAAAACAACGACCCCCAAAACCCUUCAUGUCUUACAGUAACGAAGACCUCCAAGACUUCAAGAUCCAACAAGAUGUAUAGUUGAAAAAAAAUUAAAAAAAACAAGACCCCCAAACCGACACUACUAGUCUUUCAAAAGACACCAAAAAUUCAAGAUCUAACGUCUAUCGUUAGUCGGUUAUAAAAGUUAACAACGACCCCAUAAACACAAGAGUAUCAAGUCGUUCUUGGACUAGACUUUGAUUAGAAGAAGACUAGACUAGACUAGACUUGGAUUAGAAAUCAAUAAUUAUAAUUAAAAGGCAUAUACAAUGUUCCAAUAUGUUUCAAUAUAUUUUCCUAUGCUUAAUACAUUUUGUAUCAAACCAUCUUAAAAUGUACAAAAUUUUAAAUAGGCGAAUUUAUCAAAAAUUCUUUUUUUAACAAUAUUUAUGGCAGCUAGUGAAAAUUUACCUUAACAUAUCUUAAUAUUGAAAAAUAUAUUUUUUAUCAACUGGACAGGUCACUGCUUAGAAAUGUUUUGUUCCAAUUUGAAGCAAGUUGAAGUUACGAUAAGCUAAUUUCAAAUUGGCACAAAAUACCACCACUUAUAGCCUAUCCAGUGGAAUAGUGGUCUGAGAUAAUAUUGGGGAUAUCUUGUGUUAAAUAUUUGGAUCCCACUUUUGAAUAAAGUCAAAAUUCCGUGAUCCGUUAUCUAUCGGUUGCUUUAAUAAAAGUUUGUCACUACCGAAAUAUAUAUAUAUAUACAAAGAUUUUGUUUUGUAUGUACGUUACAAUAUUAGAAAUCACGAUAAUCUUGUAUAAUGGACAAUUUUAAGUUUAAAU